AUGCCUAUUGAUUUUCAUCUCUCUGCGACCGAAGAUGGCAUUCGAAAACAUGCAGCCGCAUUGGCUACUGGCCCUCUCAAAGAUAUCAAGAAAGUUUAUUCUGCAAAGAAAGAUGAGCAACAAUUUCAAGCAUUGAAGCCUUUUUAUAGUGAUGCGACCGCCGGUGGCAUGAUCAAGGGCUUCAUAGCGUCACAUCUUGGAGGUGCAGCUGGAAGUUUGACUGAAGCAAGUAUCUUGGUUGAGGAGAUGUAUGCCGCUGAUCCUUCCGCAUCUUUAACGAUUUAUUCCACUGCGUUGGGCUUGACUCCAUUAAAUUUGGCUGGAAAAGAAGAGCACCAAGAAUUCUUGGAACCAUUUUUGAAUGGUGAAGGGGCACCACUAGCGAGUUUGGUAUUCUCUGAACCAGGAGGAGUUGCCAACUAUUUGGAGAAAGGUGCUCCAGGUCUCAAUACAACUGCCACACUUGAGGGUGAUGAAUGGGUACUUAAUGGAGAAAAGAUGUGGGCAACCAAUUCUGCAGGCUGGGACUUUGAAGGUGCAGACCUUCAGUGUGUAGUCUGCCGCGAUACAAGUAUUACCUCUGAUGAACCUACUGACGCUGUCAUGAUACUUCUUGUGACAAGGGCCGAUAUUGAACGAAAUAAAAAGGGCGCAUUCAAAACAUUGAAACAUGUCCUAACUACAGGACACCCCGCUUGUUCUGGUCCACAUAUUAAAUACACCAAUUUAAAAGUUCCUGCAAAGAACGUCCUAUGUCCGGCAGGUGAAGGUGUCCCUGUGGUGUCGAGAGCAUUCGAUUUUUCGGCUAUUUUGGUUGGUGCCAUGAGUGUCAGUGUUAUGAGGGCCGCCUUCGAAGCAGCUUUAGCAUUUGCCAAGAUUGACAAUCGCGGAGGAGCAGAAGAUUUAUUAUCAAGACAAGCAUUCGCCGAUCUCCUGAGUGGUAUCAAAAUGAAGACAGAAGCUUGUAGAGCUUUGACAUGGAAAGCAGCUCAUGCCCUUGAUAAUGGACCAGGUGAUUAUAAUGCCAGGCGUGAAUUGGCAUUAGCAGCGAAGAUUUAUUGCUCUGAAGAGAGCGUUAAAGCAGUCACAGAAGCAAUCAAUGCUGUUGGGGUAACUGCCUACAGCAAUGAGCAGCCUUUUGUAGACCUUUUGAACACGGCCAUCGUUUUACCCAUUUUUGACGGUGGUAAUAUAGGUAUACGUAGAAGGCAUAUGCAAGAGUUAAUGGCAUCAAAGUCGUAUGAUCCUUGGGCUGCGACCUAUGGUCCUUCUCAUUAG